AUGCUAGCUGCAGCAGAGCGUAUGGCGAAAGUGGUGAACUGGCAGCAAACGGCAAUCGUCUCAGCAGUCCUGAUCGCCACCGUUAUAAUCACUAGCCAAUGCUACAAGGCUUCGUGGAGUGACAAUGCGAGCCGACCAUCAACUGACGGCACCAUCACUGCCAAUGAGACCUUUGACGUGGUAGCUUCGUAUUCGUCGCUGGAGCACGAUGGGCUGGGGAGAUAUGGCGAUCCGCUAAACCCGGAUGGGGAUCGGCUCAGAAUGAUGAAGGCCAGCUCCCAGUUUUCCUUAGCUGGCAUGUCCUCUGGCACGCCCCUUGCGGCUGGCAUGUCCUCUGGCACGCCCCUUGCGGCUGUGCAGAUCAAGGGGUUUGCCACGGUAGCGCAGAUCAGGGGUCUCCUGAAGCCAGAAGGGCUCGUCAUCCUGGGGAUCCCAGUGGCGUGUUCAAUGCGCGCCAAGUGUCACAUCUCCUCACAUAAUGGCCGUCGAAUCGACUCAAAUAUCGCAUGUACCAUCGACUCACGUCUUCCCAUGCAUUGCCAUACCCUGGCGUCUUUUCUCCUCCCAUUUCCUGCUGCGCAGAUCAGGGGCCUGUUGAAGCCAGGAGGGCUUUUCUUCCUGGGGCUCCCAGUGGGCAACGACACGCUGGUGUUUAAUGCGCAUCGGGUGUACGGUCCCAUCCGCAUGCCGCUGCUGCUCGAGGGAUGGGAGCUGCUGGACGUGUUUGGGGUGUCCAGUCUAGAAGCAGCUUAUAGGGAGAACCUGAAUGCGGACAUCAUACAGCCGGUCAUGGUGUUGAAAUAG